AUGAGCUGGAUGGACUCGUGGUCCCGGCCGUCCAAGUCCCAGGCAACGCCGGCGCCAUUCUACCUGCUGCCCAACGGCGACGCGACGUCUUACUGCCGCACGUGCGGGCGCGUCAUAUCAAGCCGCAAGGCCACGGCGGCAUCCAAGGCACCCAAGACGGCGGAGACAAAGACCGAGCCCAAGUACUGCUCCUCCCGCUGCCGCGGCCAGAAGCCAGGGCGCCUCGACAAAGAGAUCGAGCAGGCCUUUGUGCGGUUCCUGCAGGGCGAGGACGAGGUCGAGGGCAGCAAGGCCAAAAAGGUCAAGGGCGACACGCGCAUCCUCGUGGCGUGCGACGCGGUCGAGAGCAAGGUCUUUGGCGACAGGCAGGAUCCGAACAAGGUGUACGGCAGGAAGAAGAACCGCGCCUCGAGGGUCAUCGGGGGGAACGGCGCGUCGGACGAGGACGAGGCCAUCGACCUCGGCGAGCGAUCCCAACAACGCCCGGACGGCGACACAAACACCCGCAACGACAACGACAACGACAACGACCCCGGCGCCGAGGUUAUUGACGAGAUGCUCGGCCUCGACCGCAGCAAGUCGGCCGAACUCGACCCUCACGUGCAGGCGAGCCUCUCGGUGCGCAGCGGCACGCGCGUGAGGCCGCCGCAGACGAGGAGCCAGGUCAACGGCAGCGUCGGCGGCGAGAAGGGGCGCGCCGAGCGGGUCGAGGAGACGGACGAGAUGCGCGAGAAGAGGGCCGAGGGGCAGAGGAGGGCGCACGAGCGCGAGAUGGUGCGGUGUGCGGCGCGGCGCGGGGUCGUGUUCGGGUUCCUCGUGGACGGGAGGGACGAGAGGAGGAAGUGCGAGGCCGUGAUGCAGGGCAAGGUCGUCGAGCCGAGCUAUGCGAAGGGAGACUGGGCCGUGAGAUGGCGGGAGGACUGA